UUUUGCGGACUUGUUGUUUUGUCACGUAAAUGUAUCUUCACAUCCGCACGUUGUUCGAACAACCCGAUAUGAUCUGCUAUCUACUGUUUCAAUACACAUCUAUGUAGUCUGUCAAUGAUAGAGCCAGGCCCGGUCCACACAGAGUUUGAGGCCAAGAUGAUCCAGGACGUGAGGCAGAAGGAGUAUCCUGGUACUGACCCCGAAACGGUGAACUACUUCAAGAACGUCUACCUUCCAUCCUCAGUGGACAUCUUCGAGACGCUGGGACAAACUCCUGAUGACAUCGCCAGAUGCACCAAGAAGGUCAUCGAGGCCAGCAGCCCUCGCUUCCGUAACCUCACCAACCCCUUGUACACGCCCAUCGUGGCUCUCAAGUACGCUGAUGAAACCGGAGGGCUGUCUGUCCACGCCUUCUAUCACAUGCUCUUCAACUUGGGCCCGCUCAUGCACGUCAGCAUGAAGGCCAUGCAGUACCUGACCUGUGGCUGUUUGAGGAGCAGGACCAUCUCGCCCAAUUAAACACACACACUGGUGGAAGCACAAAGAACACUGUCCCGGUGUCUCGGGAACAGAGAAAACUAAUUUAUUUCCCCCGAAAAGCAACCGGCUCACAUACACACUAAUGCACGCACACUAAUGUACAUGCAGGCACACCCUGCCAUGGUUGCUGUUUAUACGCAGACAGUUUUUUGCAAUGUUUUAGCUUUCUUGCACCCUGAAACAUAGCACUGUGUAUUGGUUUUAUUAUCAAUCGAUGUAGUCAUUUCUGUCUAUCAUUGGGUUCAAUUGGCCUUAAUAUCUAUCACUUAAUUCUUCCUUUCAGGCCACUACCAAUGAUGCGUUGCAUACAGUAUAUUGUUUAUUUGUUAUACAAAUCUACGCAUUCCCCAUAGGAUCUAUAAUGAAAUAGUAAGUUCUUAGUUGUUUGUCAUAUUGUUUGAAGUGUUUGAUAUUGAAGAUUGUUUUCAUAUAAUUAUAUAUAUUUAUAUUAAGUGAACGAUAUUGUAAUAACAGAGCUGCCAACUUUCACAAAAGGUUUGGAGUGAGAUUACGAGUGUUGAGGUUGGAGCGACCCUUCACCCCAAAUGAUUAAUGUUUCCAGACAUUUUACAUAAUGUUUAGUACCAAUGUUCCACAACAGUGUGUGUGUGUGCGUGUGUGUGUGUGUGUGUGUGUGUGUGUGUGGGAUGAAUGGACACUGGGUUCACCACCACUCACUUACACCUAUAAACUCAAGUACACCUAUAAGCUGUCCUUACGCUGCCCAGAAUGAAAACAGAUAUUUGAAACAGACAAAGGGCAGUUUGUAUAAUAUUUUUAACUAAUAUUUUAAAGUAAACGACUAAUUAAAAAAAAGUUCUGAAUAAAGCGCGUUGUUUUACCA